GCAAACAACAAGAGAGAGCCCACCAAUGUCCCAAAAGUUUUGUAUUUAAUACCUGUAGUGCCUUUGUGGUGGUAGGUUAUUGGUACUAUUCCUGGACCAAGAGCCUGUGAAUUGGUGUCUGCAACAUCGCCUCCUCAACAACAUUACCAGACACAAGAGAAAAAAAGCCAAAUCCAAUGUAUUUAUAGUAUGCGCUGAGGUGGUUAUGUAUAGGGACUUAAGUCUAUUUGUGCUGGUCUUUUGGGUUUGGUCUAUUUGAAGUAGCGGCUGUACACAUAAAGUUAAGCACGAGCAAAACAACCUGGCGCAUGAUUCUGACGCAUGAUGCAAAGUUUACUCUGCCCCGAGAACUCCCAUCCUCUGGUCAAAACCCUAUACUGAAUACAAAUUCAAUAUUGUACCGAGUCGCACCCUUCACGCUGAGCCCACUACCCCAUCACGAGCCUCCACAUUCAGAUUGCAAAUCCUCGUAUUCAGAUUAUUCGAAUCUCAAAGCUACUAAACACCUAAACGGAAACUAGCCCAUACCGGUCACGAUGCUACCACUAAUGCGGUACCAUGGUGAUGGGGCACGGGUGGAAAAUAAA